AUGGAUCUCUGGCCCUGUGGGCGUCUCUCAACAGCAUCGGAUAACGAUCCUCCCCCACAACCCCCAGAUCCAACAAUCAGUUAUCGUCAAAUUUCUCACCUGACACAAACAUAUUCUGUCGCCGACUUUGACAGGGUUCGCACCCUCAGCCAUGUGCAGACUGACGAGUUCAUGAGAUGGCCUUUUCCAGCCGAGAGGCGUCUGCCGGAUAUUGGCGUCUACUUGGCGCUCAAGACCUUAUCUGCGGAAGAGCGUUCUGAGCGCUACCCUGUGGAUUUCGACUGGCGUGGAAAUAUUCGAGUGGGCCGCAAGCCCUGCGGAGAGCCCGUCGUUGUACAGGCAUACGGCCUAUUCUGGAUUCCUGUAUGGAAGAAGUCAAUUAUCCUGUGCGGCGAAGAGUUGGGUGAAAGACACGGCUGGGUUAUCAGACCUCCACCCUCAUCGGAGCCCUCAGAGCUCGAGCCCGCAUUCUAUGCGGGGCUCGUGCUCCUCCCAUCGGACUAUCAGAAACGGAAAUAUGUGGAAUUCUUGCGAUGGGACUAUGGCCGCGCUAUCAACGCCAAAUGGAAUCAACGGGUUACUGAGUUCAAUGCUCAUACCGAUUUCACACGUGGCUGGGAUCAGAAAGUUCUCGAACUCACCAAUGCUCCCAGUCCAAGAUUCGAAGUCAUGCGGACCAUUCCUGGUUUUCGUAUGACCGCUGUCAAUCCAAUCGUGGACAUCGACUGUAGCCAUGCUCCAGUCUCUUGUAUUCCGAAUCACGCUGCGCUAUAUAAGCUGCCAUGGCAAGCUGAUCCUUGGGCACCGCACCCACGAACUGAUACUUGGUCCUUCGACCCUCUCCUCCAGAGACCGUUCAAUCCCCUCCCGGUGCAAUUGAUAAUUACUCGCUAUGACUGGAACAACCUUCGUGGUAGUCAUACCUGUGAUAACUGGCUUGUGCUGUUUGCUGAAAUCAUGUGGCGGGUGAAAUCUGAGCCUGAGCAAUCUGCAUUUAGGGCCUUCAGUAAAGCACUCCUUCACCGUUGUGAGAUUUCUACGUCUUUCCCUGAUUCGGCAAAGGGCUUCAAUAUGCUGUCUUCCAAGCAAAUAUCCCUUGACGGACGGGGUGGUUCGCGAAUUCUUCAAUUCAUGGAAAGCUGGGAUGAUGCUCAGCAGAGGGUUCGCAGACUCGGAGAGACCCGUCUAACGAAUGUCUUCGCCCAUUUCCUUUGCUCCAUGCAGACUCCAUGCCUAGCAGUCAGGCCCUUGCUUCUUGACGCAGUGCAAGACCUCGCACAUUAUCUGAGCUUUUCGACGUCUUUCAGCUAUGAGAGUUUCUUGGCAUUCCUGAGAAGUGCUUCUCGCCGUGAACGCUCGUAA